AUGAAGAAGUACGUCAAGCCCCAAGGCGGCUUGCGCAUCGAGAACGAAGGAGAUGUGGUCACCUUCUUGGGCUACGGGAAUGUGCACUGGUCGCGCAGUUCACGUAUUGUCCACGGAAUCGGUUGGACACUUCCGCUCAGCUGGCUCCGCUCGACUUUCCUGGCGAAGAAGAACCAUCUCGUCUACGACAUCGGGAACACCACAUUUCGGAUGGAGACAGCGCUCGGCGGUUAUCGUACCGUUGAUGCUCAUCUCGGGCAGCUCUGGCACUACUACAACAAGACAGGCAUCUUGGCGACCGGAGACACACUUCUUGUAGAUCAGUGGUUUUGA